CCGCCGCUCCCGCCCCGCUGGCCCCCGGCACCCGCAGGGUGGCACUUGGCUCGCUGCCAUCAUCAGUUGGAUUCGGGGGUAAGGCUGCUGGCCGGGCGUCCUGGAGAGGGGCUGUGGGGGAGCUCUCCUGUCCCCAGGAAGCGCCAUGGGCCCCCCUGGACGCCCUCACACCACCUAGACACGUCUCCAGCCAGCAGCACCUCCCAACCCCCAGGGCAGCAGGAUGGCCCAGCAGCGCCAUGCCAUCCCCCCGCCGCUCAAGACGGAGGAGGAUUACAUCCCCUACCCCAGCGUGCACGAGGUGCUGGGCCGGGAGGGGCCGUUCCCCCUCAUCCUCCUGCCACAAUUCGGGGGUUACUGGAUUGAGGGCACCAACCACCAGCUGAGCGGGGCCCCCGACUCGCCCCCCACCCCAGUACCCGGCACCCGGGCAAAGCUGGAGGGCAACCACACGGCCAAGAUCUACCGCAAGCACUUCCUGGGCAAGGAGCACUUCAACUACUACUCCCUGGACCCGGCGCUGGGACACCUGGUCUUCUCCCUCAAGUACGACGAGCAGGAGCACCUCCACCUGCUGCUGCGCACCCGUGCCCGCACCCUGCACGAUGUGGUGCCCAUCUCCUGCCUGGCCGAGUUCCCCAAUGUGGUGCAGAUGGCCAAGCUGGUGUGCGAGGACGUCAACGUGGAUCGCUUCUACCCCGUGCUCUAUCCCAAGGCAUCCCGCCUCAUCCUCGCCUUUGAUGAGCACGUGCUCAGCAACCACUUCAAAUUUGGGGUCAUCUACCAAAAACUGGGGCAGACCUCCGAGGAGGAGCUUUUCGGCACCACGGAGGAGAGCCCGGCCUUCGCCGAAUUCCUCGACGUUCUGGGUCAGCGGGUGCAGCUGCGGGACUUCAAGGGGUUCCGAGGGGGGCUGGAUGUGACCCACGGACAGACGGGCAGCGAGUCAGUCUACUGCCACUUCCGUGACAAGGAGAUCAUGUUCCACGUCUCCACCAAACUGCCCUACACCGAGGGGGACGCCCAGCAGCUACAGCGGAAGCGUCACAUCGGCAACGACAUCGUGGCCAUCGUCUUCCAGGACGAGAACACCCCCUUCGUCCCCGACAUGAUCGCCUCCAACUUCCUCCACGCCUUCGUGGUGGUGCAGCUGGAGCAGGGGGGCACCCAGGGCACCCUCUACAAGGUCUCCGUCACCGCCCGUGACGACGUGCCCUUCUUCGGCCCGCCGCUGCCCGACCCCGCCGUCUUCAGGAAGGGCCCCGAGUUCCAGGAGUUCCUGCUGACCAAGCUCAUCAACGCCGAGUACGCCUGCUACCGCGCCGAGAAGUUCGCCAAGCUGGAGGAGCGGACGCGGGCUGCGCUGCUGGAGACGCUGCACGAGGAGCUGCAGGCGCGCAGCCAGGCCAUGCUGGGGCUCAGCCCCGACGACGAACGGCCCGACAACGGCGGCGCCGCCCCGGGCUUCUUCGAGUCCUUCAAGUCGCUGCUGGUGCCCGGGAGCCGCCGGGGACGCCGCGGCAGCGCCAUCGGGCUGGGCUCGGUGGAAGAGGUGGGUACCUCGCUGUCCCCCCUCGGUGUCUCCCCGAUCCCCGGUGUCCCCCCGGUUAACGGCGCCCCGCAGGCGCUGCUGGUGCCCGGGAAGAGCCCGUCACGGCGGCGGCCCGGCCCCCUCGGCUCCCGCCGCUCCAGCGCCAUCGGCAUCGAGAGCAUCCAGGAGGCGCCGGCCGGCAGGGACGGCCCCGGAGCCGCCGACGGCUCCAGCUCCACACACAGCUCCCCCGAGAGCCGCCGGAACCCCGACAGGGCUGAGAAGCCGGAGCCGCCGGAUUUCUCCCGCUCCUCCUCCAGCGCCAGCAGCUUCGGCAGCGCCGCGGAGGAGCCCGGCGAGCCGGGACGGGAGAGCCGCUCGCCUUCGGGGAGCCACCGCGACGCCUUCACUGAUACCCCCUGGCCGGAUGACACCCCCGGGACCCCCCCAGGCCGCCGCCCACCUGACCCCCCCUGCCCUGAGAUCAAAAUUCAGCUGGAGCAGCCCCCCCCGAACCCGGGCUCAUAGUCACCCCCCGAUCUGCGGGGGUGUCACUGCUUCACCCCCCUCUGUGUGCCACCCCCGUGCCAGGAGCUGAAGCCAUCGUCCCCGGUGCAGGAUUUGGGGGGCCCCCCAACAAAAAUUGGGAUGUGCCCCCCCCUCCAGACAAUCUCUGUCACCCCAAAACCCCUUUGGGUGAGGGGGUGAUGCACCACAAAGGGGCCUCCCCUCUGCUGUGACCCCAGAAUGAAGAGUGGGUCCAACCCCAGCAUCAUCCCCUCCCCGAUGAAAAAAGAGGGGACUCAAAUCCAGGGUAACCCCAAAGUGGAGCUCCCUCUCCCCCCCUUUUAUUUUAAGGGACAAAAGUUCCGGAAUGUGCUGGAGGCUGGAACUGGGGGGAGGGGGAGGAAUAUUUUUUCACACCCUCCCAAACUGUGUUUCCCGUGAGUCCUGUAUAAAAUAAAGGUUUAUUUAUCGCUACUGUGGGGUGAUCUCCAAUAUCUAGGGGCUCCCCAAAACCCCAAACAUCAGUGGGAACUAUAAAAACACUCCUUUUGGGGAGACAUUUAACCAAAUGUUGGGGUUUCACAGCAGCCAGGCCAAGCAAAGCCUUUCUUUGAUGGUCCCUUUUUAGGGGUGCUGCGAGUACCCCAAAAUACGGCAGGCAGUGCUCUCACCGCCCCCCCCCCACCACCACCACCUAGAGUGCCUCUUUCAGCUCUGCUGGCCAGCCCGGCGUCAGGAGUGGCUUUUGGCCACGACCCCGUGGCCACCGGCGUCCUGCCAACCCCCCGGCCAAGGGAGAGUGGUUCCCACCCCCCUGAACCCCCAAAAACCACGCGGCACCCCGGGAGUGGUUAAACAUAGCCCGGCCUGCCCGAGUUCUGGGAAGUGCCAGCAGCCGGCCCCGAUUGGGAUCUGGCACUGCCUGGGGAGGAAAGGGGGGGUCAGAGCCCCCCAAAUCCUGCCCUGGUGAGGUCAGAGCCCCCCAAAUCCUGCCCUGCUGAGGUCAGAGUACCCCAAAAUCCUGCCCUUGUGAGGUCAGAGCCCCCCAAAUCCUGCCCUGCUGAGGUUAGAGCCCCCCAAAUCCUGCCCUGCUGAGGUCAGAGUACCCCAAAAUCCUGCCCUGGUGAGGUCAGAGCCCCCCAAAUCCUGCCCUGCUGAGGUCAGAGUCCCCCAAAAUCCUGCCCUGGUGAGGUCAGAGCCCCCCAAAUCCUGCCCUACCGAGGUCAGAGCCCCCC